AAAAGCGGCCUAGUCGGCGACUAAUCGGCCGACUAGUCGCUAGGCGGCCACCGCCGCCUCGAUUAUGGCCUAAUCGGGUCACAUAAUCGGUGACCCGAUUAGGCACCGAUUAAUCGGCCUAAUCGGCGAUUAGGUAAUUUUUUUUUUGCCUCCACUCCACCAAAACGACGUCGUUUUGGUGGAAGAUAUUUUUUUUUAAAAAUUUCUCCCCAAAACAACGUCGUUUUGGGGAGAUCUGUUUUAAAAAAAAAAUGUUUCUCCCCAAAACGACGUCGUUUUGGGGAGAUUUGUUUGAAAAAAAAUUAAAUGUCGCAGUUCAUCCCCGACAUCAGCUCUUCAGCAUCAAACGGCAGUCUGCAACCCUAGGUCACAGGCUCACUGCUCAGUCGCUCACGGCAUCUUCAACCCGGUCAGCAAGGUCACGGUGCUUGACUGAAACUUCAAGCCGGUGCUCGUUAGUUGUUUGAAUCUUCAAUCCGACAAUCCUUCCGGUCUUCCACCGGACCACCAUAGGUAACUAGGGAUAUGGCUACUUCAUCAGCUGCUUCUAAUUCCAAUGCUGGUGAAGCCACAAGUGAUGUGAACAUUCAAAAUGCAUUGAAACGUGCAUCCGGUGAUAUUGGUUGGGAGUUUGGCGAACUUGUUGAUGCUAGUGCAUUAGAUAAAAUCAAAUGCAAGUUAUGCUCGAAAGUUAUGUCCGGAGGCAUCUACCGGCUCAAAUGUCAUGUAGCCGGUAGGUCAGGCAAUGUGAGGGCUUGUCAUAAGGCCAGUAAAGAGGCAAUAAAGGCAUGUGUUGAGGCACUAGAUGUUAAGAAUAAGAAAAAGACAGAGAAGCAAAUUGAAGAGUCUGAACUUAGAAAUGAAGUUUCAAUAUCCGGUGGUGCUACGGAGAUGGAUGAGGAUAUGGAAGUCACGGGAUCAAAGAGAAGAAUUGAUCACGGGCCUAUGGGUAGAUUUGUGGAGACUAAUUCACAAGCAAACACUGAUUCUACAAAAUUUACAAAGCAAGCUAGUUUGGUUGCCUUGAUGGACAAGAAGAAAGUGAUCGAUACGCAACAAUAUAUAGCACGGUGGGCCAUUGAGAAUGGUAUUGCUUUCAAUGCCAUUCAAAGUGAUAGUUUCAAACUAAUGACUGAGGCUAUUGGGCAAUUUGGUCCAGGACUACCUACGCCGAGUCGAUAUCGAUUGAGUGGUCCAUGUUUGAAAGCGGAGGUUGCGAGAGUUAAGAACUCCCUAAAGAAGCAUGAAGAUGAGUGGGGCAUCUCCGGUUGUUCCAUUAUGACUGAUGCUUGGACCGACCGUAAAAGAAGGAGCAUUAUGAACUUGUGUGUUCAUUGUAGGGAAAUGAUCUCUUUUAUUUCCUCAAGGGAGGAUUCCGAUGCAUCCCAUACGGGAACCUACAUAUUUGAUUAUGUCGACAAAUGCAUUGAAGAUGUAGGGCAGGAAAAGGUGGUGCAAGUUGUCACGGAUAACGCUUCUAAUAACAUGGCAGCUGCAAGUUUGAUGGAAAAGAAGAGACCCAAUUUAUUUUGGACUUCUUGUGCCGCACAUACUGUGAAUCUUAUGCUUGAAGCAAUUGGUAAACUUCCAAGGUUCAAGAGUGCAAUUGAUAAGGCAAGGGCCUUAACCAUAUUCAUAUAUGCACAUCACUCAACCCUAAGCAUGAUGAGAAAGAUGACAAAGAAACGUGACAUAGUACGACCGGGUGUGACACGCUUUGCUACUAAUUACCUUUGUUUGCAAAGUUUGGUGGAGAAAAAGGAGCAACUACGACAUAUGUUUACUUCAGAAGAAUGGGCCCGGAAUUCACAUUCUAAGAGUGCAAAGGGAAAAUUGGCAUAUGCGACAGUUGUCAGCAUUUCCUUUUGGAAGUCUGUGAACUCUUGUUUGCUUGUUUUUCAUCCAUUGGUGAAAGUACUUCGUCUUGUUGAUAGUGACAGACCAUCUAUGCCAUGGUUGUAUGGAGAACUUCAAGCGGCGAUAAGAGAGAUCAAGGAAGACGUAUGUAGUGGACUUGAAAAGAAUUAUAAACCGAUACUUGACAUAAUUGACAGUAAAUCCAAAGGAAGACUUGAUUCCUCUUUGCACUUGGUGGGUUACUUGCUUAAUCCGUACUACUUUGCAAAGAAUAGGGUAAAUAUAGGAGAUGAUGCAACUAUAAUGGAAGCAUUUCUUGAUUGUGUGGAGAAGUUCUUCCCCGAUGAUUUGACCACUCAGGGGAUAGUGUCUGAUGAUGAAUUGAUCAAGUAUAAGAAAUUGGAGGGAAUGUUUGGAAGAAAACAAGCCAUUUUUUCUUAUGAAAGUAAAGGUGUCAAUGAGUUCAAUCCAGCUGGGUGGUGGAGUAACUAUGGUGGUAGUACACCAAAUUUGAAGAAGAUGGCAAUUAGGAUUCUCUCAUUAACCACAAGUUCAUCGGGUUGUGAGAGGAAUUGGAGUACAUUCGAAGGGGUGCACACUAAAAAGAGGAAUAGACUUGACUCGGAAAGAUUGAACAACUUGGUGUAUGUUCAAUUCAAUGCAAAACUUCUUUACAAGAAGCAAAGAGUGAGUAAUGAUAAAGAUGUCCUUCAAGCGGAUGAUUGUACUAAAGCUCAACAUUGGUUGGUUGAUGGUGUUGAUGACGAGAGUGAUGUUGAUCCCGUGACCGGAGCAACAUGGGAGGUACUUGAUCAAGCGGUGGGAGCGGAUGAAAUGCUUCAACCUAGAAGGAGCACUAGGAAUAUAAGAGAAAUUGAUGAGGAAGAGUUUGUGUCGGAGGAGUCGUCCGAAGAAGAUGAUGGAUAUGACUUUGAGUCCGAUGAAGAAAGAGAUGUGCCUCUAGUGGAGGAGCAAGAUGAUAUAUUUGAGAAUGAUGACUGAUGAGUGAUGUUGCUUCUUUUGUUUUUUGCAAUUUGUGUGUGUACUAUUGGAUUUGAAUGGAUUUAUGAUUAUAAUUUAUGAUGAUCUUUUGAGCUUAAAUGAUAUAUUGAUUGUAUUGAAUGGACUUUUGAUUAUGAUUUAGUCUUAUAUUGAUUUAAUGGAUUUUUACUUUGAUGCAGUUUAUUUUUGAUUGGAUUGCAGUUUAUUUAUGAUGAUUUUUGAGUCCGAUGAAUGGAUUUUUGCUUGGAUUGCAUGGCUAAGCUAGCUGCCAAUUGGUUGCUUUGAUGCAUUUUAUUAUAUGUAAAUUUAAUUAUAUAGAAAACUGAAAUAGUGAAAAGCACUUGGCGUCUUGGUUGAUUCAUUUAUAUUGUGUUUUAGUGUUUUUUUUUGUUUUUUUACACAUUUAUAUAUGAUAAUAUGAUAGGUAUUGGAUAUAUAUGAUUAUAUAUAUAUAUAUUUUAAAUUAAAAAAACUCAAAAACGAUUAAUACGAUUAAUCCCCGACUAGUCCCCGAUUAAUCCGAUUAAUCCCUAGUCCCCGUGAACCGCCUAGCGUCCGACUAA